AUGAUUUUGAAUUACUGCACAUUUAGAAUCGUUACAGUUGACCUACUUCAGGCGUUUCCAAUUUUUGACGAUUCGACAUGCUGCGCAGCAGAAUUAAACUACUUCGGUCUCGUGGUGAACUUGAGGGUACGAGUGGAAUACUACGUCAAUGAAAAUACAUUUAAGGAACGACUGCAACUUUACUUUAUUAAGAAUCAAAGAUCUAGUUUAAGGAUACGUAUAGCAAAUUUAUUUUUAAAACUCCUAUCAUGCCUCUUGUACAUAAUAAGGGUGAUCACCGAUCAGAAUCCCACAUACGCAACUUGUUACGGUUGCACUCCAGGGAACAAGACAGAAUAUAUCCUGUUAGAAAACUUAACAGAAGAACAAUUUCAAGAAAAUCCCAUCAUCAACUGGGAUGCCAUUUGGUGGGUGAACCGCCCCCUCGUCCUAUGGUCAGUCCAAGUCGUGCUAGCAGUUAUAAGUCUGACCGAGGCGUUACUAUUAGCCUAUUUAGGAUACAAGAGACCCUUAAAGGUUGUUCAAGAUUCUGGUCUGUAUUAA